GGAGGCCAGUUUUGUGAUCGCGGUACCUACUGUACCGUGGAGAAGCCAGUGGGAACCGUACACUGCGGAGCUCUCGUCCCGUCCCGGCCUGGCCCGGCCCGGCCCCACGCUAUGGAGUUCCUUUGGGCCCCUCUCUUGGGUCUGUGCUGCAGUCUGGCCGCUGCUGACCGCCACAUCGUCUUCUGGAACAGUUCAAAUCCCAAGUUCCGGGACGAGGACUACACCGUGCACGUGCAGCUGAACGAUUACCUGGACAUCAUCUGCCCACAUUACGAGGACGAGACUGUGGCAGAUGCUGCCAUGGAGCGGUACACGCUGUACAUGGUGGCGCACCAGGAGUAUGUGGCAUGCCAGCCCCAGUCCAAGGACCAGGUCCGCUGGAAAUGCAACCAACCCAAUGCCAAGCAUGGCCCAGAGAAACUAUCUGAGAAGUUCCAGCGCUUUACACCUUUCACCUUGGGCAAGGAGUUCAAGGAAGGGCACAGCUACUACUACAUCUCCAAACCUAUCCACCACCAGGAAACCCAGUGCUUGAAGUUGAAGGUGACUGUCAAUGGCAAAAUCACUCAUAGUCCCCAGGCCCACGUGAACUCGCAGGAGAAGAGACUUCCAGCUGAUGACCCGGAGGUGCAGGUCCUGCACAGCAUCGGUCACAGCGCUGCCCCCCGCCUCUUCCCACUGGUCUGGGCUGUGCUGCUCCUGCCACUGCUGCUGCUGCAAACUCAGUGACAGUGUGUGUUUCACUUGGCUUAAG